UAUGGUUAGUGUAUAUACAAAGAAUAUAUUACUAUGUGGUUGUGAAAGAUGAACUGAAAAAUGCCUUCGCUUGCAGAAAGUGGACUUCAGCCGAAUGAAGAAAAACCACACACCCUGUUUGUUGCCCCCGGGGUUAACUUCUCAUGGCCAGGUCUAGACAGAAAUACUUCGUAUAUCAUACCAUCAGGAACAUGGUGGCCUUGGUGUGACUAUUGGAAAGACCCUCAGCAUAUUCUGUACCAACUGGCAAACUUUUGCUUUGUCCUUGCUUAUUCUUCAACAUGCUCGAAGAGAGGAGUUCUUUUUAUGCACUGCUGGUUGAUAUUUGGUCUCUUAUUGUUCUCCACGUGGGCAUGGAACAUCAUUUGCGCACCCGACGUCUUCACGUGGAAUUUUGCGUUCAUGUUGAUGAACAUGGCUCAGGUUUUCCACAUACUAUAUCAACUUAGACCUGUUAAGUUCGAUCCUGAGCUAGAAGAGGCAUAUCACACGCUUUUCGAACCUUUUAAAAUUUCCAGGUUACAAUUCAAAAGAAUGGUCAGCUCAGAUUUCGCCCAGAUAAUGUCACUACAUGCUGGUGAGGCUUAUGCUGUUCAAAAUUUAACGAGAACGGAUAGACUAGGACUUCUUUUAUCAGGAAAG